GCGGGACAGGGCAGCUGACGCGCCGCGCCGGCGUGUUGACGUCAGGGCGAGGCAUGGCGGUGGCGGUGGCGGCGGCGCGCACCGGGCUGGCACGAGCGGGAGCCCCGGGUUCCCGACGACUGGCCUCGUGCCCCCAGGUCUCCCCGCAGAUUGACCGGGAGGGGAAUGGCACGGUGAGCCCACGGUUUCUCAACAGGAACCCCCGAAACUUGGAGCGCCUCGCCCUUGCGUCUCGGGAUAAGGGAUGGUGUGGAGUGUGGCCCGGGAGAGACUUCUGGCAUCGGUUGUCCGUACGUAGGACCCAGCACCACAUUGACGCCUUUGUCGAGUCGGCCGAGGGAAAGGUAGUCGUCUCGGCCUCCACCAAGGAGUGGACCAUCAAGAAGCACCUACACGCCACCCGUGGCCCUACCGCCGCACGGAACCUCGCCCUCGUCCUCUCCCGCCGAUGCCUGGAGGCCGGCCUUGGCCUUGUGCACUUCCGCUGUCUCCCCUGGGAGUUCCGCAGUGAGACGAUACAACUGUUCCGUGAGGCAUUGAAGGAUUCGGGGCUGGUUCUGAGUGAGCCUCGUUGCGUUUUCCAGAGGACUGAGGGAGGGGGAGAGAAGUGACGUUGAGUGGAAUAAAGUCUCUCCAUCUUGUUACCUG